CGUACCGGUCACCUCUCAGUCAGUACUUUGGAGCGCUACUAAACAGUUGGUAUUUUUUGUGUAUGAAAAUCAAAAUAAGUAGCCCCCUGUCACAUACGGGAUUAUACCCACUUAGGCACAAUGGGAUGUAUUCACGUCCUACUAUUCGUUGCGAUAUUUCACAUAGCUGUACCUGUAUUUGCGUGGAAACAGUACCGAAUCCGCCGAAGCAUCGAUUUAUCUGCUAGUAACCCUUUGAUUCCCGAUGCAAAAUUACCGUCUGAUUUGGUGCCAGUCAACUAUACACUUCGAAUAAAACUCAAUGCAGAACAGUUAUCAUUCUCCGGUGCUGUCAAUAUUACGAUGGCGUGUACUAAACGAACAAAUCAAAUAAAUCUUCACGCACACAACAAUCUGCAAAUCGACGAAGUCAAUUUAGAUGUGAUACAGCAUUUGGAUGAUGGCGAAACGUCUUUAGUCAAAAUUCGUCGUGUUGAUAGAGUACCGAAAAAGCCUCUGCUAGUCGUUUAUUUACAAGAUGAUCUCACCGCAAAUGGUUUGUACGAAGCAAGAAUACACUUCAAAGGAAUGAUUUGGGAAAACACGGAAGGGCUAUUCCAAGGCAAAUACAAACAGGUUAACAGUGACGAUAUGCAACAGGAUCGUUCCUACUUUGCUACAUAUUUCCGACCACAUCAUGCGAGACGUGUUUUCCCAUGUUUCGAUGAGCCGGCUUAUAAAGUGCCAUUUUUAGUAACAAUCAUACGACCCAAAGGCUACCAUACACUUUUUAAUACUGAAGCUGAAACUACGGCUACUGUCGAUGACCGUUAUGAGCUAGAUAGCUUUAAAAUUACUCCCCCAAUAUCCACGUUUGCAUUGGGAUUUGUGGUGUCCGAGUUGACCUUGAUUCAAUACGACAGUGAUCAUACUAAUGUCAACCCUACUGUAAGGAUCUGGGCGCGAGAAGAAUUUCACGAAAGUUUAAAAGAUGCUGAAACAAAAAUCAGAUCCAUCCUAGCUCACCUUACCAACGUUUGGAAUGUUAGUUAUCCGUUAGAUAAAUUAGACGUGGUUGCAUUGCCGAAUUUUGCUUCCGUCAAGCCUGCUGAUAAUUGGGGACUAGUUGCAUUUAAAGAAAAUGAGUUACUACAAGGAUACUAUGGUAUCACGCAGGAAUUAGUGUACCAAUGGCUCGGGUCAUGGAUCACUCCACACUGGUGGAGUGAUGCUCAUGUCAAUAAAGCCGUUGCUGGAUUUUUAUCCGCUUCGACCGCUAUUGAGCUUGAUAACGGAGCAGAGUUCGAAGGUAAAUGGCCUAUGACAAUAUUAUACUCAAUCUAUUACGAGUUUAGCAAACGUUAUCCACAUUCACGUAUUACUGCCAUGAAGCAGGAGACUACCUGUAGUAAAACGGAGCUAGUUCUCCGUAUGCUUAACUAUACACUUGGGGAGAAAACAUUCCGAAACGGGCUGCGGGAGUUUAUAAAACAUCGCAAGUACAAAACAUUUGCCAGCAACGAUAUAUGGGAGGCACUGACAAAACAAGCUCACCUGGACAAUCGACUGUGUGAAUCAGCGACGGUCAAUGAAAUUGCUGGAUCAUGGAUCAGUAAAGAUCGGAUACCGGUAGUGAAGGUAGUUCGAAAUUACGACAAGCGAACAGCCAACGUUACUCAGCGAUUAUAUCUACGUGAGCGUCCGCAUGACGUUCCCGAGCAGGAUAAGAUGUUAUGGUGGAUACCACUCAUCGUUGUAAGCCAAGACAAUUUGAAUUUCACUAACACAAGUGCUACCAAAUGGAUGAAAAAUGUUCGGGAAGUAACUUUGGAGGACCUGCCAAAUUCAAACAGUCUCAUAAUUGUGAAUCCCGAAGAAAUUGGACCAUUUCCGGUGAACUAUGACGAACGUAAUUGGAACUUACUUGCCAACUAUCUGUUAACUAGCGAGGGUCGCACCAAAGUUCCAGUGUAUACGAGGGCAAAAUUGCUUCAUGAUGCAUGGAACUUAGCCUAUGCGGGGGAUCUUAGUUUUGCGACAGCCUUCAAUAUGACACUGUUCAUGCAGCACGAACGAAAUCACCUAGUUUGGAACCCUAUAUUUACCCUAAUCGAUCACAUUGGAAGGCACAUUGACAUGUCGAAGGUUCAUAAAAAAUUCGAAAUUUAUGUGCGAACACUGCUAACACCACUUUAUGAGGAGUUAGUUAGUCACCAGCAGGAAAAAGAAGCCAAGUGGAAAAUCAACCUACGUUCGCUGGCUAAAAGUUUUCUCUGCAAAGCGGGCUAUAAGCCAUGUAUUGAGGAAGCGCAAGCAGUCUACAAAACAUGGAUGAAUAGCUCAGAACCUGACCUUGGAAAUCCAGUAGCAAACCAGUACAUAUGUCCAGUGUUUAAAUGGGGAAUGAUGGAAGAAUGGGAGUUCGGUUUACAGCGAGUUAUCAAUUUCCCGGAGUCUAGAUUGCAAAGUGAGCGAACAUAUCUUCUAAAAACUUUGGCAGGAUGCCCAAUUCAAACAUCGAAAAUAAAUCGAUUACUGAACAUUACCGUCUUGGAGGACAAUAGUAAUUUUACCGAUAAUGACAUCAGUCUGAUAUUUAAAAUGCUGUCUGGUGGAUCCAACGGUUACAUGGCACUGUUCCAAUUCCUGAAACAAAAUUGGGAAGCCAUAAAACUGCGUUUUAAAGGUCAAGAAGCAUUAUGGGAUAAUUUGAUAAACUCAGCUACAGGACUUUUCACGACCCAGGAAGGUUACGAUAUGGUGUCUCAGCUUUACGUGCAAAGACAGGGCGAGUUCGGAACUGCUGAACAUAUCAUUGAGAAAUCGUUGAAGAACAUUAAAGAGGAAACUAAAUGGAGUGACGAAAACCUGCCAGUGAUUGAAGAAUGGCUGGAUAAUUUUCUGAAGCAGUAUAAACCAAGCAACGAGAAAUUUAUUGAAUGAAUCUGCAAUUCACAAAGGGGACAUAUAAUACUUCAAAAGUGUGAAUAAAUGCCAAGUUGCACGUCA